CUGUGAUGCAGGUGAUAACCUGUCGCCGGUUGCCGGCAGACAGUCAGGAGCACUCUGUGGUGUCUUUCCUUUUCUACCGCAGUGUAACGCUAAACACCUCCACUUUAAGGAUUUAUAUCAAAACCGAAAGACUUUACCGUCGGUGGGACUGUUCAAUCUCAAAACCUGAGGCAGAGGACAAUGUUUCUCCUGCAAUACACGGGACUCAACACUCUCCCCUUUGACCCAGCAACCAACAGUGACCCUCUACACAUCAACAACUCCAACAGGAUGUUGAUGACAGAGUGUCAUUUCAAAAACAGUGUUGAAAAUGGCAAGAAGAGGAAAAGAACCAGCCUGGCUCCAGACAGGAGCUGUAACACGACCGUGGACUCUAACUCCAUGACGAUGCCCAUGUCAGACCCCAACGCCUGGGCAACAGCCAUGAACAACCUGGGGAUGGCUCCGAUAAGCAUGACUGGGCAGCAGCUCAUGCCAGAUUUUGACCCCAGUCUCAGGCUGAUGUCAGGCAUUACCCCCAUAAAUCCCAUGAUACCCGGCCUGGGCCUGGCGCCCCCUCCCCUCUCCCAGGACAUGCCAGUUGUCAAGGAGAUCAUCCAUUGCAAGAGUUGCACGCUGUUUCCUCCCAACCCCAACCUUCCACCUUCAGCCACAAGGGAACGCCCUCCAGGGUGCAAGACUGUGUUCGUUGGUGGUCUGCCUGAAAAUGCCACUGAACAGCUCAUCAUGGAGGUUUUUGGACAAUGUGGGGAUAUCACUGCUAUCAGAAAGAGCAAGAAGAACUUCUGCCAUAUCAGAUUUGCUGAGGAGUUCACUGUGGACAAGGCUCUCCUACUCUCUGGUUAUCGUAUCCGAUUGGGCUCCAGCGCAGACAAAAAGGACACGGGCCGACUCCAUGUGGAUUUUGCCCAGGCCAGAGAUGACCUGUACGAGUGGGAGUGUCGGCAGCGAAUGCUGGCCAGAGAGGAGAGGCACCGGCGCAAGAUGGAGGAUCGCUUUCGACCACCCUCUCCACCUCCCUUUGUCCACUACUCCGAACAUGAGUGUAGUGAGCUGGGUGAGAAAAUCAAAGAUGACAAUAAGUUUCCUGAAGCAGUGCGGGUGCUCCUGACCUGGCUGGAAAGAGGUGAAGUUAACCGCAGGAAUGCCAACAACUUCUACUCCAUGAUCCAGUCCUCCAACAGCCACAUCCGCCGGCUGAUGAGCGAGAAGAGUCAGCAUGAGAAGGAGAUGGAAGAAGCCAAAGACAAGUUCAAGACUGCCAUUGCCACCAUACUGGCUCAGUUUGAACAGAUUGUGUCUGUAUUCCACGCUGCUUCCAAACAAAAGGCAUGGGACCAUUUCUCUAAAGCUCAACGCAAGAACCUGGACAUAUGGCAUAAGCAGGUUGAGGAGAUUAGAAACAUGCACAAUGAGCAGCUGAUAGACAUCAGGGGAGAGGAGGAGAUGGAGAUGUCUGAUGAUGACAUGGAGGACUCCUCCGCUACCAACAGUAAAGACUCAGAGGACUUGGGUGUUUCCCAGGCAGAAGCCUUAAAGGAGGAGAACGACUCACUGCGCUGCCAGCUGGACGCCUACAGGAACGAAGUGGAGCUGCUCAAACAGGAGCAAGGGAAGAACCAACCAAUCAGGAAUGAGGAGGACAACACACGCUCACAGCAGCUCAGCUUCCUACAGCAGGCUCUGCAAGGCAUGCAGAAGCAACUUCUGCAAAUGAGGGAGGAGUUGAAGGAGCGGGAGGCAGAGCUUGAGAAGAAUAAUGAGGACAAACAGCAGCUGAAGAACCAAAUCCAUAACCUCAAGGAAGGACUGCACAGCCUGCAGACCACGCACACACGACAGUUGGAGAUGUUAAAACAAGAUGACAAGGGGAGCGAAAAGAGUGCUAAUCAAGUCAAUGAUGUGACAGCUUCAUCAGUGGUGUUCUGCAGUCAGGAGAAGGAAAGUCUUCCAGAGGCAAAAUGGCCCAGUCCUGUUCACUCUGAGAGGGAUGCAUUAUUAGUAGGGAUCAUUUCAACCUUCCUGCAUGUCCACCCGUUUGGAGCCAGCAUCGAGUACAUCUGUUCUUACCUGCAGCGUUUGGACACCAAGAUUAACCCCGGUGAAGUGGAGGCUCUACUUUCUCGACUGCCCUGCACCUUCAGACAGGAGCUGACUGGGGUCGGAGCAAGUCUCGAAAAACGCUGGAAUUUCUGUGGCUUCCAGGGCAUCAAGAGCACAUAGACUUUGCCGGUGACACUUCUGCGACGUAGAAGAAACUAGAGGUAGACAAAUCAACACAGGUACACUGAGCACAGUCUCAGGCUCAGACAAGAGCACAAAUUAUUCACUACAGAUCUCAGAUCAGGAAGGGCUGCUCUGUGUAGGUGGCAGAGAGAUAAAUAUACAGGUUUUUGUGAUGGAAGAUUAAUUGGCAGUAUCUCUAUGGUGACCAAGAGGUGAAUGUAUCUCUAUGGUGACUGUUGCAUCAUCUCUCACUCUGUUUUUUUUACUCAUGGGAUUCAACAAAAAGUCCCCUCAGAGAGCCAGCCUCAUCAGAAUCAUGGGAUUGGCUGUAUUUUUAUACUUGAACCGAGAUAUUUGGCUUAUCGUACUGGCCGACCAGGACUAAAGGGCUACACAGCAAGGUCAUCAGGGUCUACUUUCAAUCUGAAAACUGGCUUUCCUUUUGCCUCUUCUUGAUUUUGACUUUCCAUUAUAAGUGCACACAAGAUGUCUCAGUGUUGAAUUAUGCUCCUAUUUAGUGCCACAUCAGUCAGUUGUUUAACAGAAAAUGAACAGCAGAGAGUAGUCAAGCCCAGAAUGGGAGGCUAAAAUGCUGCAAAUGUUAAUAUGAAGAGGACAGACAGAUGUUUUUUGCAGUUGUUGAAUUGUUUGUUGACAUGUGCUCCUAAUUUAGUAAUUUGCUUCUGAUCAUACUGGUGAUGUUUCUAUUAUUAUAAAUUUAACAAGGGCACAUAUUGGCUAUCAGAGGACAUUCACACAGUGCCUUCCAGGUCUUGUUCAUUUUACAAAGACAGACUAUUUCUUUGCGCAAUUUAAUUCUAAAUUAUUGAAUGUGAACAAACACUUUUCUUCUGCUGCAUUCAUGACUAUAUUUUCAGCCAAUUAUCCACAGACAAUAAUUGUGUUCACUGCUUUUUUUGUAGCACAAUGUGAAAAGGAACUUUCCUUUGUUUGUCACUGGGCUCAAACAAACAGGUUUUUUUUUUCUUUUUCCUGGAAAUAUAUUCAAGCCACUCAACACUAGACAGUUAAUACAUGCAUGGAGAACACUCACCAAAAACUAGUUGUUACAUUAAUUGUGGAAAAGCUAUUUUGAACACAGCAGAGAUGGAAAAAUGCAUCUAGAGUGUCAGGCAGUUUAUUGGAGAGGCUUUACAGGAAGUAAUGGGUGAGACAGUAUUACAUGAAAAAGCAGAUGGUGACGUUUUGGAAAUGUGCAUUGAUGUUCUGUAACUAUCCAAUUGUCUUCACUCCAUCUUCAUAGUUUCUUCUACAGAAUGACAUGAAUGUACUAGGUAAUGUACUCUUGAGUGCACAUUUAUCAUCAGCCAAACCCCAUCUCACACCAUCCAGCAGAUGAGCUUAUACUGCCAUCUAUUGAGGCAUUUGAAACCCAUAACUUUACAACAGCCUGUCCUCCUCACCUCAAUGAAGAACAUACUGAUUCUGUAUGCAGUAGUAUUUUAGCGGGUGCUGUAAGUCUUCACUCAAUGACCCAAGAAAACAGUGAAAAUGUGUAUUUAUACAUUUAAUAAAGAACAAAACCUUAAAUCUCUCAUUUACAGAAGUAUACAGAUCCUUUGUUGUGGCACUGAUCAUUUUGAUCAGGUUCCUCAUGUUUUGCGUUAAUGUGGCAAACUAUAUUGAUUGGACGUAACUGAGAAAGGCAAAGACGCUUGUACAUAAGGUCUCACAAUAUACACUGCAUGUCAGGACAAAAACCAAGCCAUGAAGUCCAAGGAACUCUCUGUUGACCUCCAUGAUAAAAGAGUCAUGAGGCAUGGGUCAGGGCAAGGGUAUAAAACCUUUUCUGCAAAACUGAGUAACUGAGCUUUGUCAGGGAGGUGACCAAGAACCCAUCACCCUAACAGAGCUUCAGAAGUUCUCUGCAGAGAUGGGAGAACAGCAGCAUCAGGUCUCAAUCAGGCCUUUGUGGUAGAGUGGCUGGAUAGAGGCAACUUUGAGUAAAAGGCAUGUGGCAGCCAGUUUGGAGUCUGCUAGAUAGCAUUUAAAGGACUCUGAGAGCUUGAAGAAAAAAAUCCCUCAGUCUUAUGAGACAAAAUUUAAUCCUUUAAGCAGGACUCAAGCACCAGGCUCUAAUCAUCACCUGACUAAUACAGUGAAGCAUGGUGGUGGCAACAUCAUGAUAUGGGGAUGCUGGUCAUAAGUGAGGAUGAAUGCAGUCAAACUCAGGGUGAUCCUUGAAGAAAACCUCCAGAGUGCACUUCACCUGAGGCUGGAGUGAUGAUUCACCUUUCAGCACGACAAUGACCCAAAGCAUACAGCCUGGAGCAGCUUCAGGACAAGUCUCUGGCUGUCCUUUAGUGGCACAGCCAAAGCCCAGACUUAACCCUGCAGAACAUCUGUGGAGAGACCUAGAGAUGGCAGUUCACAGGAGUUUCGCACCUUAUCUGACAGAGCUUUAGAGGAUCUGCCAGGAAGAAUGGGAUUAACUGCCUAAAUCCAGGUGUGCAAAGUUUGCAGAGACUUACCAAAGAAGAAUUGAAGUUGUAAUUGCUGCCAAAGGGGCUUCUACAAAGCACCGAAUUAAGGGCCUGAACACUUUUGUAAAGGAGAGAUUUCAGUUUUUGAUUUUUAAUAAAAAUUUGCAAAAAGUUCUGAGAAACAUGCUUUCACUUCAUCAUUAUGGAUUACUGAAU